AAAAAAAAAAAAAAAAAAAAAAAAAAAAAAAAAAAAACCCUUAUUUUGCUUUUUCCCUGAACAUCCACAGCUGAUUCUGCUGAGUUUUGCUGUAGAAAACAAUCAAAAACUUCAUAUUUUGCUUUAUUUCUCAUGAAUGAUAUUUAUAUUUCGAAGAUCGAAAGCCUAUCACAAGCAAGAUAAGAUUCAGUUAUGGCCUGUCAAGAAUCAACAAGUUUAGUAAACAGAAUACGAAACAAACACCACCAAUUUCGCAAAACUCUGGCGAAAUCUGUUUGUUCUUUUGUGUAAUUCAUUUGCAAACCUUUAUGAACUUCUCCGAGAGCAAAUUUCGCCUGUAAAGUGUUGCACACACACACACACGAUCUGGACAACAAAAUGCCGGAUAAUCAAGGCGAUUACUACGAGGCAGCCUUGACUAUCAAGGCAAAGUUAGGCAUUGCAAAAGAGAUUUUGAAGAAGUUGAAGGCGUCAUCCGAUGCGCGUUUAAAGAUGUUCAAGACCACAUGUUUUGGUCGGUGGUUAGAUAUUUCAACAGCGUAUGGGGACCCACUACUCGUCCAUCUAAUGCUGCAAACUCAAAUCUACCCGGAGCCAGAGCCUGCGGAGAUGUGGUUUCGUGUUGGAGGAUACGAGUUGCGUUUUGGGCAAAUGGAAUUUUGUCUCGUCACUGGAUUCCGAUUCGGCCACGUUCCUUCGUCAUCGGAGACGUCCAAGAGCUGGUUUAGGAUCCGGUUGUUUUCACGGAUUCCUUCGUAUCAAUCGUUGAAGGUCUCCGACUUAUUACAAGUCUUUCGGAGUAAAGAGUUUGCAGAGUUAGCAGACGUGGAUGCGGUCCGUAUAUGUCUUCUCAUCUUGUUGGAGGUUGGAUUCAUGGGCCAUGAGGAUAAAUCGGUGGUCUCCGAUCGGCUCCUAUGCCUUGUUGAUGACUUAGUCUCGUGGAACAAGUACCCAUGGGGGUCGUAUAUCUGGCCGACCACCUACAACCAGUUGAAUCGAGCGUUGUCAAAACGCGGACACCAUGUGGGCGUUAGGACAACGCGUAAGAGGGUAGCGAAGUACACUCUAACAGGAUUCGUCUACGCCUUCAAGAUAUGGAUCUUCGAGAUGUUUCCUAUUGCUAGAGAAUUCGCGAUGCGUGAAAGAGAUGUGAUCCCUCGGGCCAUUGCAUGGAGGAGAACCCAUGCACUGUCGUGGGAUACAUGCCAACAAUUUCUUGAUGUAGAUACGGAUGGGCGUCACCCUCAAACGGAGCUGACGCCCACAAUAGAUGAACAGUCUGCUGAAUGGUGGAUAGACAGUUGUCGUUUUUUUAACGAUGUUUCCGAAAAUCUUUCGCCAUUGUCAAAGAAGAGUCGUCUAGAGCCACCAUCGCAAAAUAAUGAUGUUGGCUCAGAUGAUAUUGAAGUUGAAGAGCAGAAGCCACCUUUGAUUUUUCGUGAUGGUCGACCACAAACACAUCCGGACCCCACAAACGAAUCUUCAUACACUGCGAUACCGUCAAUGUCACAUCCGGUCCCACCACCACGCCCGGUGGCGGCCACGGCUCCGGAAAUAUCCGAUUUUGGUACGGCUUUAAGUCGUCCAUUUUUCAUGAGUUUUUAUUACGGUGGUAAUAUUGAAUACGAGAAUGGAGAAAUCAACCGUGAAGAAUCAACAUCAACUUUUACGAUUCCAGCUAGGCAUAAAAUGCGGUAUCAAGAAUUUGUGGAUUUGGUUUAUGCAGCAGUUGGGGUUGAAAAAGAAAAGUUUAAGUUGAAAUUCACUUUACAUUUUGAACUUUGUGGGAAACCUAAUUCUUCGCUUAUUACGAGUGAUGGGACUCUAGACUUGAUAUUUUUUCUUGCGGAGAAAGAUGAAGGUUUUAGGGCUCAUAUUUAUUUUGAAAUGGUGGAAAUUUUGCAAGGAAAAUAACUUUGGCUAAUGGAUCAUUAGGUAUAUCCUUGUUUCUAUAAUGUGUAUACAAAUAGCGUGAUGUUAAAGAAAAUUGAUCACUAGGUUGUUUCUCUUGUGUGUAUACAAAUAGCUUGAUGUUAACGAAUAAAAUGUAUUUGUUAUUUGGUGCUGGAUAGUGUUAGAAGUUGUAAGUAUUGUUGUUUA